AUGCGUUCACUUGUAAAACCACAAAUCCUUUCACAGUCGCCAACAAGUUUCAUUAAACAUCUUCGUUCACUUGGUAUCAACGCUUUUCAUGCAACAUUUAACUCUAAAACUGGAAAAAUUGAGGCCUCACAUCCUGAGGUUAAAGCUAUUGGAGAAUAUUUUAUAGAUGAAGGUUGGGACUUUGAUAAACAUGAAGGAUUUUUUGGACAGAUUGGACCUAAAUCUGGUGUAUUGCAGGGUGCAUUUAUUCAUAGAACAUGUCGUGGUUCAGGAGCAGGAGGUGUUAGAAAUUGGCAUUAUGAGCGCGUUGAAGAUUGGUUUCGUGAUGGUUUGAGAUUAUCAAGAGGAAUGACUCAUAAAAACGCGCUUGCUGAAUUAUGGUGGGGUGGUGGAAAAGGUGUUUUGGCUUCUAAUUCAGGUGUUGGGUUAGGAUUAAAUAAUGGCAAUUUAGAACAACGUCGUGUUGUUUUUGAAGAGUAUGGAACUUUUUUAAGUGAGUUGAAAGGUUGUUAUGUUACAGCUGAAGAUGUGGGAAUGAAUGGCAAAUUUACAACAUGUAUUCCACCAGAAAUUGGCGGAUCUGGUAGUCCAAGUUUUCCAACGGCAUGCGGUGUGGUUCGUGCACUUGAAGCAACUUUUUUACAUGUUGGGAAAAAACUUGAAGGGUCAACAAUCGCGAUUCAGGGUGUUGGUCAUGUAGGAAAAUAUAUUAUGGAUAUUCUAAUUGAAAAAGGCGUAAAAUCUAUUUUUGCAUCUGAUAUAAAUAGUGAAAGAAUAAAAGAUAUUAAAUCUGAAAUUGUUGCAAGAAAUUUAAAUGAUAGAGUUAAGCUUAGUUUAUUAGAAGGUGGUGAUCUGUCAAUUUUGUUUCAUGAUGUUGAUGCAAUUGUUCCAUGUGCAGUUGGCGGAAUUCUUAAUCCUAACACAAUUCCACGUAUUAAAACAAAAAUUGUAUGUGGUGCAGCUAACAAUCAAUUAGGCGAUCUAUAUAAAGAUGAUAAAUUACUUGCUGAUAGAGGAAUUAUUUAUGUACCAGGGAUUGUGAACUGUGCAGACGAAUCAGCGGGAUAUGUUGAUAACGAUCCUUUAUUUCAGAGACAUUUAGGAGAUUCUUGGGAGAACUCAAUUUUUAGGCGUACUCAAGAUAUUCUAAAAGAAUCUUCAAAAAGAGGUACAACACCACAACAAGUUACAGUUGAGUUAGCCGAGAAAAAAUCUUUUGAAUUAAAUCCAAUAUGGGGACAUCGUGGUAUACAAAUUAUAAAUAGUGUGAUCAAUAGUAACGAAUGGAAAAAGAAGAUCAGGCAAUCAAAUUAA